AAAUUAAACCAAAAAUACUUGGUAACAUUUAGUUUUUUUGCAGUGUUCUAUCAAACCUGAAGAUGGAAAACUGGUUAUUUGUUGCCUAUUUUAAGUCCUUGUCGUCAUAAACUCCUCUUUAUUUAGAUUUAAGUCAUUUGAGAAGCUAAUAACAUAAUUCUGAUCACAGAUCUGCAGAUGCAAGUCGCUGCUCUGCUCCGUUUAGAUGGAAACUUUAGCCAUGCAGGCCACAUUCUCAUCUACGUUUCAGGUCUUUUUAUAGGUUGGUGUCCCAUGAUGCCCUGCUCAUGUUAUGGGAAGGGCGGGAUGUCAGAUCUGGAUGAUUACAUGGAGGACGGGGGGCUGUAACUUUAUUCCAGUGUCACUGAAUGACUCACCAAUGCUGUAUUCUGACCUAUUUAGCCUGCAGGACAUGAUAUGCAUUUUUAUCCUGCAGGAGAAAAUUUUUCUGUAGCGUUUUGAAGCUGGCACUUUGAGAUGAGGUUGUAUUUCUGAGGGAAAGGAAGUUAGCGGAUGAAUGUAAUGGAGCCCACAGAGCGGGGCGGGUUGUUUGGGAAGCCGAUCGAUGAGAAACCAAAGCUUUAGCGUUGCCGGUCCAACCCAGAGUCCGGUCGGGAUGAACGUCCAGAACCAGCAGCUCACAGGGAUCGACCAGGCUGCAGCUGGCAGACGAUCUAAAGUCAAUGUGAAGAAAUCGACUCCAUGUUCCUGGACAGAGGAGACCCGGGGAAGGAGGAGUGUGGGUGGGCACAAGCGCUCAGCGUCUUGGGGAAGUGCAGAGCACUUGAAGGAGGUGGCAAAACUGAGGCACCAUCUGCAAAAGCGCUCCAGGAACGCUCCUCCCUCUGCAGGAUAUGAGCUACAGGCAGCAGGACAGGCGGCAGGCGUCACUCAGACAGUUCCCAUGAUGCCUCUGAACAGGCUCGCGCCGCGGCUGAGGCGGAGCGUCGAGGGUCUCAGCUUGGAGCUGGAGGAAGUGUUUGUGUCUGAGGAACCAGACGAUGAGAUCUUGGAUAUCCCAGACGGCCACAGAGCUCCUGUCCCGGCUCAGAGAUGCAGCAGCGGCUCUCAGAGCGAACCGUCCCCAUCCCCCCCGUCUCCCUCCCUGUCUCCAUGUCCGCUCGACUCGUCCCUCCCGUCCGGUUCCCCGUGCCACCUGAACGCAUCACGAUCGUCCCCCUCCCCGCCGCCGUGCCCCACGUUGGACCGAGAGCCUGCGGAGGGUGAAGGAUUGUGCUCCUCUUCAUCAGCGCCGCUUCCUUCGUUCGCACUGGAAGCUCCUCUUCAGCAGCCCUGCUCCUCUUCGCCCCGUCCAAACAAGACCUGCUCCUUCCAGCGCGUCCCGCCAGAAGGCUGCGAGCGAGUUCGAGUUUGUGAGGAAGCAAUGUCUGCCUCUCCAGAUGAGCAGCUCCUGCAGCCCUCCUGCCCGGACCCUAAUAAAGUCAACUUUACCCCCCAUGGAGGCUCCGCUUUCUGCCCAGUCAGCCUCCUGAAGCCCCUGCUGCCCUCCAUGGACCUCCUGUUUCGGGGCCUGUCCGUGUCGCCCGUCACUGGCUGCUCGGGUCAAGCCUCCCCCACCAGGCACCUGGGCAUGCAGUAGGCGUAAAACCUAAACGGCGUCUCUCAGGACUGCACAACAAUGCACUGCCAGAACCUGGAACAUUUGCUGAUGUUUUGAUGCAGACUGACGAUUACGUGUCUCGUUGCUGUGGGCAUCUUUACCAUUACACUCUGUGCGACUGUAAGCAUUCGUUGCUUACAUUCUUCAGGAUAAUGUGACAUAAAAUUCAGUCUUUUUGUUGGCUAUUUCUAUCUGAAGGAUCUUUUCAGGUUUUGGUUUCAUGUCUUCAAUUUCCCAGGAUUUUUUUUUCAUGUCAAGUAAGUGGAUUUACUUUCAGAAACAGCUGUUAUAGGCAUUAACUAGAAAACAAGUAUGAGGUGAAUUUAUAUGCUAAAUGUGUUGAUUAAAAAUAUAUUUUAAUACUCAUCCCCUUCUUUUCUACAGAUGCUAGGAUAGACUAUUUAUUUUCUUACUUUUUUAAGGAUUCAUUGCUAUAUAUUUAUGUUUGCAAUUUUACAAGUAGGACGUGAAGUUUUGAUUUACUUGCCUAAAAUGUACAUAGUUAUAAUUCAGCUGAUUUGUAGUGAAUUUUUACAUUCUCAAUUACUCAAAAAGGAGGUUUUGGUGGUUUAAGCCUUAUUAACAAAAACAAUUGAUGUGGUUGGAGAACCAAAACUGGAAACCAUAACUACUGAUCAUCCUUUAAAACAAGGUCAAUAUUGCUUUUUUGUUGUUGUUCAUCUUUUAUAAAGUGUAGCAGUAAAUAGUGUGGAAAACACAGGUUCUUGUUUUCUUUUUGUCCACACUUAUUAAAACUGAAAUCAAAUUUUAUUCUAUCUUUUUUUAUGUAAGUUGGUUUGGAUUAUUAAGUGCAGUGUUGAAUAAAAAGCAAAAGUACUGUGCUGUG